AUGUAUUUUCCUGAAGUGAAUCAUAAUUUCAGAUGGGGAACAAAAACGGAACGAAUAGAUGUCACACUGAACGUUGAACAAGCGAACUACACUCGUGACGCAUGGGUGAAAGCGCUUCAUGCACGACUGUUCGAUUAUCUAGUGGCUGCUGUGAAUGAUGCCAUAGAGGUUGCCGAGGGACAGGAUACGGGUCUUUCAAUUGGAAUUCUAGAUAUUUAUGGAUUCGAAAUUUUCGAAAAUAAUGGAUUCGAGCAAUUUUGUACUCUAACAGGUCGAAUUCACCAACAAUUUUCAGGCAUUAUGUGCAUUCUGGACGAUGUGUGUGCGCAAAAUCAUGGACAAUCUGAGGGAGUUGAUGCACAGCUGCUAAGCAGUCUCAACAAGACCUUCGUCCAACAUCCGCACUAUCAGAGCGGAGCUGAAUGCUUUUUGGUGAAGCACUACGCUGGUGAUGUGAGU